CCUGCAGUGUACCAACCCUGAUACACAUAUGUUUAUACAACAACCUCGAAAGCAGCAGAAGUCCAAAGAGUGACUGAUUGAGUUUAUUGGUCAUCGCAUGUUAUGGAAUAUAAACCAGCGUUUAAAUAUGGUGCCAUCUCUAAGAUGAUGAUAGUUAUAAUCAUCUUCUGUCUUUUGUGCUUGGUCAUCGGUUUUAACAUCAUAUUUCCAAGGUUCCCGACCCCUGGUUUAAGGAUUAUUUUGAACACCACCCAGGAGCCAGAGCAGCUAAAUGAAAAAACGAUCCUGAGACAGAUCAACAAUGAGGACAGCAGACUGAAAUUUAGUGCCAGGUUGAAUGUUCAGACAAAAACGUCUUGGGGAGCCCCCAUCAUGUGGGAGAAAAUGUUUGACAACCGUGAUUACGACCAACUACACAUCAAACUGAAGUCGUCUGUGGCGCUGACUGUUUUCGCUGUAGGCCGAUAUUUGGAUGUCUACCUGAAAAACUUUCUCACAUCUGCAGAACAACACUUUAUGCUGGGGUUACCAGUGAAGUACUACGUGUUUACAGACACACCAGAGAAGGUGCCAAGCAUUGAUCUUGCUCCUCAGCGAAGCAUGAAGGUGAUUCAGGUGGAAAAACACUCCAGGUGGCAGGACAUCUCUAUGAUGCGUAUGAAGGAAAUAUCAGAAAUCAUAGAAUCUGAGAUUCGUCACAGCUUUCAGUACGUCUUCUGCUUUGACGUGGACCAGGAGUUCAAAGGACGUUUUGGCUCAGAGGCUCUGGGGGAUUCUGUGGCUUUGCUUCACGCUCACUAUUACAAUCUUCCAAAGCACAGGUUCACUUACGACAGAAACCCAAAAUCCAAAGCGUUCAUGUACACUGGAGACUUCUAUUACCACGCUGCGAUCUUCGGAGGAUUUUGGAAGAAUGUAAAGAAUAUUACAGAUGAAUGUUUGGAGAACAUCAUGGAAGACAAACGUAAUGGCGUGGAGGCCCUGUGGCACGACGAGAGUCAUUUAAACAAGUACUUCUGGCUGCACAAACCCACUAAGCUGCUCUCCCCUGAGUACUGCUGGGAUAGAACGCUCCCUGCCCAGGACAUCAAAAUCAUCCGCCUGACAUGGGCAGAGAAAUAUUAUGCUGAGCUACGUGAUCAUUAGCAUAGACAUUUAAGGACAACUUGGGCAGGCAGACACAGGAUUGUAAUAUCUCAUGACUACUGAAGUACUACCUUGUUUUAGAAGUGACUGAAAAUGUGCCCAUCUGAGACUGAUUCUCUUGGUUUACGCUAACUUAAAAUUAAUCAAUUCGUUCCAGCACCCCAGAAAUAUACUAGUAAUAUUUCCCCCCAUCCAAACAUCAAAAACAUAGAUAUAAAAUGUAAUGAUAAUAUAAAAUAAUAAUUAAGAAAACAUUUUAUGUUAUUGUUAUAAAAAUUGGUCAAAUAACCAAGUGAGGGACAGUGAGUGAGACAGAACAACUUAGUGUUGGGGCCACUAAGG